ACAUGUGCACAUGCGUAUGAAUGUGUCGCGCGGUGGUCUCCUAAACUUCGAACUUAACCUGAACAUCAAAUACAAUAUUUUUUAGGUUAGAUUAGAGAGAAUGUCAGUUGAAGACGAAAAACCUGAACUUCGUGUAGGACCUGAUCCUAAUGUUAUUUAUCCAAUUAAAGUUCAAUAUUGUGGAAACUGUUCCCUACCGAUUGAGUACUGUGAAUAUUAUCCAGAUUAUCACAAAUGUAAAGAAUGGUUAGAAAAAAAUUUACCAUCCGAAUUUGAAAAAGUAAAAUUAGACGAUGGAAGUUUAGAGGCUAGUAGUGCCGAAGAUGAAAAGAAACGCCAGAAACGAGGAGGAAAAGGUAUGCUCAAAACAAAGAAAAAGGAAGAAGUACAAAAAUUAGUCACAGUUUCCAGAGCACCGAGAGGAAAAAAAAAAUCAGUCACAGUUGUACAAGGACUUAGUACUUUUGAUAUUGACUUGAAAGUAGCAGCAAAGUUUUUUGGCAGUAGAUUUGCCUGUGGGUCUAGUGUGACGGGAGAGGAUGAAAUUGUGAUACAAGGCGAUGUGAAAGAUGAUUUAUUUGAUGUUAUUCCAGAAAAAUGGCCACAGAUUGACGAAGAUUUGGUAGACGAUCUGGGUGAUCAAAAAAGAUCUUUACAUAAGGCUAUUUAAAAUGAUAUUUUAGCGAUGGAUGUUUAUUAUAAGCAAAUGUAUAUAAAAAUAAAAUA